CUUUUUACUUGCUCCUCUCGAUUUUACCACUCUCUUUCUUUGCUCGACUGGUGUUACAUUGACCUCCUUCCUUCUUUUACUUUCCUCAUUCUGUGUUAAUUGACCAUGCUUGGCCCUAAUGCAACCAGGCCUUUGAGCAUGACCCGCAUCAUGUCGCAUCGACUGUCUCAGUGGAUGCUAAGACCAUAUGCUUUAUUGCAUGUGCAUCGUUUCCUAUUUUUGACCCCUCAGCUAUUGCUCACCAACACCCCGAACGGUGCCACUAAGAGCAAAAAUGGCAAUAUUUCCACUCCGACACUUAUUCAACUCGAUGGGUCUGCAUCUACGUCUCAGCUCCAUACUAGUGCCACCGCAGCCCCAAGCGUUACUGUUCAACCGCAGCUGGUUGGUCAAGAGAUCCUGUUGCCUCCAGAUCUGUACUCUACGGGUCAAUAUCCCGUCAAUGGCACCGCUGCAAGUGUUGCAAGUGCUGCUGUUGAGGAAGAAGAUAAAACGAUAGUGGACACAGCCUCUCCGUCAACGACAACAGCUGCACCGGCAUCAACAGCAACGUCCACAAAUGGUAUGAUUGCUUUCAACUAUCUAUUGGCAGCAAGCUGGCAUCCCAAAUCGCGGCAGCGCCAACAAAUUCUACAUCAACAACAAUUAGAGAAUGCAGCAAAUGAGGAGAGGACCCUGCGUUGGAGGGCCAAGCUGCGGGCUGCGCAUCCACGUCCACAUCCACAUCCGGGGAAAGUCGAUGCGGGCGAAGAUGCUUUUUUCCACGUCUCAACACCAAGUCGCGUUGCACUGGGCGUGGCUGAUGGUGUUGGUGGAUGGUCAGAGAUGGGCGUAGAUCCAGCAUUGUUUUCAUGGGCAUUGAUGAACAAUGCAGAGAACAUCGCGCGACUCACAGACAACAUUCCACCAACCGCGGUUUCAGAGUCAGGAGCAUCAGCAGACCCGACUCUCGCCGCAGGCGGUGAGAGGAGAAUUUUGGAUGCGCAGACGAUUCUUGAUGGCGCAUACAGUGAACUUGUCCAAAGUGGCACGGUCGAAGCAGGAUCAAGUACGGCUUGCAUUCUUUCGCUCUGCAAGCUAACAGGCACACUGAAAGCAUCAAAUCUAGGAGACAGCGCGUUCUUACUAAUUCGAGAUAACCGGUGUAUCUAUGAGUCUCCGUCCCAGCAACAUUUCUGGAACUGUCCGUAUCAACUUACUGUAUUGCCACCAAAACUCCGUCAACAGCAGCACAAUCGACAAGGUCCUGGAGAUAAUACUGAACAUACCGAUAGCGACAAUGAUGUUCACCACAGUUCAAAUGUUCCAAAGGCAAAGGCAGCUGCAAAAAAGAAGGCCUAUGUCCAGGAUCUACCCAAGGAUGCUGUCCAGACAACGCACCAGCUACAGGAUGGUGAUGUGAUUGUAUUAGCAACUGAUGGCUUCUGGGACAACGUGUUUACGAAAGAAGCUAUUGAAUUGGUUGACAGAGAACUGGGAGAUAUCAUUCGUGAGCAGCAACGACAACAUCAGCGACAGUUUGAACGUGGAGUACACCAGGAGCAACAUGAGGUGGUCGAAUCUAAGACGGUAGACGAGAUCUUGGCGAGAGUGCGGGCACUCUCCAAACGCCUUACAAAUACUGCAAGACGUUUCUCGCUGGACUCUAAGCGUAUGACACCCUUCAGUCAGGGAGCUCGUCAUAUCAAACAUGGAGGAAAAAUUGACGAUAUCACAGUUAUUGUUACUCUUGUGCGGUCAACAAAGCCUCAACCAUUGUAAACUUCACUUUUUUUUGCAUUGUAGAAUAGAAGCA